AUGGGGGAGGUCGGGUGCAGUUGUCUGAAGCAGGGGAAGAUGCUCGGGAAGAUGCUGAUUAGUGUUCUGUCUCUCAGUCUCGCUAUUUAUUCAGUGGAUUCUUGUUCAACAGUAUCUAGAUCAGGUGUAUCACUAACUGGAAUAUGUCCUAAUGACAGUUUUAUUGUACCUGUUGGAACAACACUGUCUUAUGAGUGCACUAUUGGUGGUUUUACUCAAGACUAUGUGCUUUAUUGGAAUGUCAGUGGAACUGCUUACAAUUGUUUCAAUUAUAAGCCACCUGGUAUAAGUGUAAGCCUUGAUGGUUCUUUCAAAAUUAUGCCUAAUAAUUCUGAAUAUUAUAUUCAAUGUGGGAUGUGUAAAGGUCUUAACUGUCUCCUCAGUGAUGAUGUACAGGAGUUUAUUGCAACGAAAUCAAUUCAACUGAUUGCCUUUGGACCUCCUUCUUCAUUAUCCCACGAGUUAAGAGACAAUGAUACUGUUAAGUUGUCAUGGUCAACUCCUUCUCUUCCUCCUUCAGUAAAUGAAGAUGAUGUAUCAUUCACAUAUAAUAUAAUGAUAAUGGAGUCGACUAAUAGUUCACUGACAGUAACUGAUAUAAACAUCACUAACAGUACAUAUGUCAUAAUAUCAUCUGCUAAUAUUAAUGGCUAUGCUAAAUGUACUUCAUAUCAAUGGGGAGUAAGAGUAGCAGGUAGUUUAAGUUAUGGAUUUACUAAUGUAACAAUGGCAAAGGAAAUUUUCACUUUGAUUUCUGGUUCUAAAAUAUCUAAUGAAUUGGCUGUUAUUAAUGAUACCAUUGAAUUCAAUAGAUUACUGUCAGACACAACUCAAUUCAUCACAACUUAA